AUGGCAGGGGGCGGCAAGAGGCCAUGCUCCCCCCCACGAGUCCUCCUGGGGAUGGUGGCAGUGGUGGUGGCAGCGGCAGGCUGGGGUGCCCUAGCUAGAGCAAGUGCUGUACCUGAAGAAGAGCUACGUUCUGUUGGCUUAAUUCAAAAUAAUUAUAUUUAUGCUGACAUCAAACGUGAAGUUAACGUGUAUGUUAAAGUAUUUACAAAUAGCCCAUUUCUGGUAUGCAUGGAUUUGUCUCUUUCUCAAGAAGAAAUAAUAGAUCCCAAGUAUUUGUGGAUUGGUCCAGAUGGAAAAAAUUUAGAAGGGCAAAUAUAUGCGAAUGUUACAGAAACUGGAAAGUUAAUGCUGAUGGGUUUUAAGGAGUCCAUGUCUGGAGCCUACACUUGCACUCUUUCUCACAGAAUCAUAGAAACUAUGACACAAGAAGAAGUAGACGUGUUUGAGACAUAUAAGUUUAUGUUAUACGCAUACAGGGAAGCUGACCACGCAUAUCAGAUAUCUGUUCGCUUUACUACAAAGGGAUGUGAGCUAGCAGCUAAUGCCCAGUUCUUUGAGGAACUGAAGAAAAUCUUAGACAACAUAAUUUCUGAUCUGACAUGCCACAUCAUAGAAUCAUCGUACAAAUGCCAUUCCAUCAGGAUACCAAACCAAGGCCUUCUGCAUGAGCUAUUUGUUACUUUUCAAGUUAAUCCUUUUGCACCCGGAUGGGAAGAAGUUUGCCAACAGGUUCCUUAUGACUGUGAAGAUGCAACAAACAUGAAAGUCCAAGAGGCAAGAGAUCGGAUUGGAGAGUUUUUCAGUAGGCAGACGUACGCUUUGAAGCACGAGUUUCAAACUGCCCCUACGAUACACUAUGUGGACAACAGCUUCUCAGUUACCCACGUUGACAGCUGUCAACCAGGUUUUGGGAAAAACGAUAUCACCCACCAGAACUGUGCUGGUUGCUGUGUGGUUUGCGAACCUGGAACAUACAGUCCUAACAACGAAGUCACCUGCCACAUUUGUACCAGGCCUCACAUCAAGAACUACCAGUUCUGGAAUCCUACAUUAAUUUUCGAAUGA